CACUUCCUCAGUUCUGAUAGGAUUUCUUCCAAAAAUCUUCUUUAAAAAGAAAAGCAACCAAAAAACAGAGACAUGGACAUGAUUAUGCGCAUGGUUCUGUUUGGUGCUUUAGCCUUGGCAAGUUUGGUUCAACUCACGACAGCCCAAACGGCGCAUGUGGUCGGGGACAACGAAGGUUGGACCAUACCAAGUAGUGGCGCAUCAGCUUACACAAACUGGGCUGCUGGAAAAACCUUUAUGGUUGGUGACACUUUAGUUUUCAAUUUUAUGACCAACACACAUGACGUAUUACAAGUACCAAAAGCCUCGUUCGAUGGGUGCAGUUCACAAAAUGCCAUAGGCAGUGCUAUAGUGAGUGGACCAGCAAAUGUAACUCUUGACUCUGCUGGAGAACGCUAUUACAUUUGCACUUUUGGCCGGCAUUGCCAAAAUGGCCAGAAAUUGGCCAUUACAGUAUCCAGCAGUACUGGUACUCCAGGAGCCAACCCACCUACAUCAUUUGCUGCUGGACCUUCAGGUUCUGUUCCUGGUGGUAUUGCUCCUCCUCCUCCUCCUUCAUCCUCAACGACCGUGUUUGCCAGUUUCCUGCUCGGUUUAUCCUCGAUUGCCUUGGCCAUUUUUCUUUAAAUUAGCCGAUCGAAUUGAGGAGGUUGUUGAGUUUUCUCUUUAAUACAUUGGAGUUUAUACUACGAUUAAAAUAACUUGCGAUGGACCAAUUUUUAAUUUUGUAUACCAGCUUGUAUUGGAUUCAGUUUUGUUUUAGCCACUGAUUGUUUUAGUGAUAUUUUAUGAAAUAAUUGUACUAGUAUUUUUGCAAUCAUCUGUAGAGAUUAUUUUGAUCGGCA